CAAACAAAAUGGCAAGAAUCAUAAUGACAUUCUCUACUCCUCUGUUUUUCUUCCUCCUCUCUAUCCUCUUUCACCAAACCAUGUCUCAACCUGAACACAUGUCUACUUUCUGCAAUCCUGUCGAAAACUUUACACAAACCAGUUCAUACGAAGCAAACCGCGACAUUUUACUCUCCUCUCUCCGCACCAGGUCCUUACUAGGAACCUAUUCUAACGUCACAGUUGGUCGUAGUCCCAACACAGUCCAUGGCAUGUUCCUCUGCAGAGGCGACACCACCGUAGCAACUUGCUCAGACUGCGUCCAGACCGCAACGACCGAGAUCGCUACAAACUGUAGUCUUAACAAAGGAGCGUACAUAUACUACGAAGAGUGUAUGGUUCGAUACUCCAGUGUUUCCUUCUUCUCUGUUCUUGAGGUCAGACCAAACAUCGUUCUUUUCUCUCUUCGCUCUGCUCCAGACUCGAAUACGUUCAACGAAACACUAGCUGAUAAAUUCAACGAGCUCAUUCUCAACGUAUCUUCGUCCUCUUUGGUUCCAUAUUUCGUGGACGAUCAAGAACGUGUGACUCAAUCAGAGGGUUCGUAUGAGUUAGAGUCAAUGGUUCAGUGUAGUCCUGGUCUUGAUCGGUUCAACUGUACCGUUUGUCUCAGAUUUGCGCUCUUAAGAGUUUCCACUUGUUGCGGUCUACCAAGUUCGGCUCUGAUCUUUACACCUAAAUGUCUUUUGAGGUAUCAAACCUCUGAUUUGUCAUCGCCACCACCGUUGUCUCCGCCUCCUCUAUCUCCGCCGCCUCCACCGCCACCGGCUCUAUUUUUCCCGCCUCCUACUAUAUCGCAGCCGCCACCGCCGUUGCGACCACAGGACGUUCCAAGUCCUAGCGGGUCGUUUUCUUUUAACGUUAUAAAAGGAAAAGAAAUAUUUGGGAGAAUUGCUAUAACAAUGGCAGCUUUGGUGUUUACACUUGUGGAUUUGUGA